AUGGCGGCUGCGCGCCAAGAGCCGGGGUCCGGGCCUGAUAGGGGCGUCCGCUUCUUCUGCACCGCGGGCCGCGGCUUGGAGCCGUUCCUGAUGCAGGAGGUGCGCGCGCGGCUGGCGGCCACGCAGGUUGAAUAUAUUUCAGGAAAGGUUUUUUUCACCACCUCUUCUGAUUUGAAUAUGCUAAAGAAAUUAAAAUCUGCAGAAAGAUUAUUUUUGCUGAUUAAAAAGCAGUCUCCAUUUACUGUUUCUUCUCCACGUAAAGGAAAAAUACUUAAUGAAAUACAAAAACUUAUAAAUGAUGAUCCAGGAAGUUGGUUGGAUACCAUUUCAAUUUGGAAAAAUCUUCUUGAACUUGAUACAAAAAAGGAAACACUUUCUCAAAGGGCUUCUAACCCACUAAAAAGAAAAAUGGGAGAAAAUGAAAUUAUUGCUAAGAAAUUAAAAGUAGAAGAAAUGCAAAAGAUUGAAACAACUCAUAAGGAAUGCCAGCUGGAAAAACAAAUAGAAGAAAAUGCACUCGAGCAAAGAGAUUCUGUCACUGGCCAAGAAACACUUCAAGAAGAAGAAUGUCAGAAUGAUGUAGGGAAAGCAGUUGAUGCUCAUAACCAGGACGACUUGACUUUCCGGGUUUCUUGUCGCUGUAGUGGAACUAUCGGAAAAGCCUUUACUGCACAGGAGAUAGGAAGAGUAAUUGGAAUUGCUCUUAUGAAGCAGUUUGGAUGGAAAACAGAUUUGAGGACUCCAAAUUUAGAGAUCUUUGUACAUCUAAAUGACAUUUACUUUGUGGUGGGGAUUCCUGUGUUCAGAAUCCCCUUAGCCAGCAGAACUUACAUCAAGACUGCUGGACUUCGAUCCACCAUCGCGUGGGCAAUGGCAUCUCUUGCAGAAAUUAAGCCUGGUGCAUUUGUUUUAGACCCAAUGUGCGGACUUGGAACAAUACUUUUGGAAGCUGCUAAAGAAUGGCCAAGUGCGUACUAUAUGGGUGCUGAUGUCAGCGACUCACAGUUACUUGGCGCAUGUGACAAUCUGAAAGCUGCAGGCCUUAAGGAUAAAAUUGAGUUGCUUAAAGUCUCUGUUAUAGAAUUGCCACUGCCUUCAGACAGUGUCGAUAUUAUUAUUUCUGACAUUCCAUUUGGAAAAAAGUUUAAAUUAGGAAAAGACAUCAAAAGCAUUCUACAGGAAAUGGAAAGAGUGCUGCAUGUUGGUGGAACCAUUGUCUUGUUGCUUAAUGAAGAUCACCACAGGCUCCUUAAAGACUGCAGAGAGGGCAAUAGCCCUCUCAACUCCAAGGGCAGCCACACCCAUGAACCUGAAAUUAAGAAAUGCUUGAAUCCUGAAGAAAACACUGGCACAUCAGAGAUGGUUCCAUCUUCACAUGAAACCAGUAACAACGCGUGCUUAAACAAAAUGUCACCUUUUGGCUCUUUGGUGCCAGUGGAAUACUACAAAGUUAGCUUAGGAAAAACAGAAGCAUUCAUAUGCAAGUAUAAGAAGUCACACAGUUCUGGACUGUAAUGGGUUUGGGCUUGCUGCUAGCGAGCCAGGUGGAAUCCUGUUUGUCCUGAGACUUUUUUUUUUUUUUUUGGCACUGGGGAUUGUACCCAGGACUGUCCCACCACUGAGCUACAUUCUCAGCCCUUGCUAUUUUUAAAUUUUGACACAGGAGACGGGGACUCACACAGUUACAUAGGCUGGCCUCGAACUUUGAUCCUCCAAGUAAAUACUCCCCUGAAGACAGGAGCUAUGGUGAAUUGGCACCCUCUCAUUAAGAAUUUCUGCUUUAUGCUCCAAAGCACUCUACAUUCUUGACAAAGAACAGUUAUUGAAUAUUUUGGAAAAAAACUCAUGUUCUAAGGUCUGUCAAUAUGAAAAUCCUGUUCUGCCAUGCACAGUUUACGAGCAGAGACUUCUGCUUCCAAAUAAAUAUUUCUAAGGGUUCACAUGAAUCCUUCAGUCAACACAAGGUUGAGAAAUUUUAACUAUCAGGUUGUAGAAAUGUAGAAACCUUUAUGUGUAACUUCUUUUGAUAUUAAACUUGAUUUUUUUUGAACCUGUAAUUUUCUUCUCCAUUGGAAUGAAAAUAAUUUUUAUUUGCAGUACAUUUUAUACAGCUCAUGAUAAAAAAUAUCAGUGAAAAUAAUAACAACAUGAAUUAAGCCAGUAGCCUCCAACGUGAUAGAAAAUGAAGUUUACUUUUUCUUUCUGAACAGCAUUAAUAAAUUGCCCCCUUAUA